GCCCGAGAGCUGCAGGACUCGUGUUUGCUAGGCGUGGGCUAACGGUUACUGGCGCUAGCCGGCUCCGUGCGGCCCACGCGCGCCGUCGCGCCCAAAGAGUAGGCGCCGCGCCGGCCUUUCCGUGGGGGCAGCCUGUACAUUGUGAUUGCGCCUUUCCCCGUGCCGGGUGAGUUAGAAAUAGUCCUUGGCGAAGAUGGAAGGGGAGAAGCGGCCGGCGCCCUACGAGGGCCUGUUUGCCGACGGGCACCUGGUCCUGUGGACUCUGUGCUCGGUGCUGCUGCCCGUGUUCAUCACCUUCUGGUGCAGCCUCCAGCGGUCGCGCCGGCAGCUGCACCGCAGGGACAUCUUCCGCAAGAGCAAGCAUGGGUGGCGCGACACGGACCUGUUCAGCCAUCCCACCUACUGCUGCGUGUGCGCGCAGCACAUCCUGCAGGGCGCCUUCUGCGACUGCUGCGGGCUGCGCGUGGACGAGGGCUGCCUCAAGAAGGCCGACAAGCGCUUCCACUGCAAGGAGAUCAUGCUCAAGAAUGACAGCAAGGCCCUGGACGCCAUGCACCACCACUGGAUCCGGGGCAACGUGCCCCUGUGCAGUUACUGUGUGGUUUGCAAGCAGCAAUGCGGCAGUCAACCCAAGCUCUGCGAUUACAGGUGCAUUUGGUGUCAGAAAACAGUACAUGAUGAGUGUAUGAAAAAUAGCUUAAAGAAUGAACAGUGUGAUUUUGGAGAAUUCAGAAACCUCAUCAUUCCACCAAGUUAUUUAACCUCCAUUAAUCAGAUGCGUAAAGACAAAAAAACAGAUUACGCAAUGCUAGCAUCUAAGCUUGGAAAGCAGUGGACUCCAUUAAUAAUCCUGGCCAACUCUCGUAGUGGAACUAAUAUGGGAGAAGGACUGCUGGGAGAAUUCAGGAUCCUCCUGAAUCCCGUACAGGUUUUUGAUGUUACUAAAACUCCUCCUGUCAAAGCCCUGCAACUUUGUACUCUUCUUCCCUAUUACUCAGCUCGAGUCCUUGUUUGUGGAGGGGAUGGGACUGUGGGCUGGGUCCUGGAUGCAGUUGAUGAAAUGAAGAUUAAGGGACAAGAGAAAUACAUUCCACAAGUUGCAGUCUUGCCUCUGGGAACGGGCAACGAUCUAUCUAAUACCUUGGGUUGGGGUACAGGCUAUGCGGGAGAAAUCCCAGUCACACAAGUCUUAAGAAACGUGAUGGAAGCAGAUGGAGUUAAACUAGAUAGAUGGAAAGUUCAAGUAACAAAUAAAGGAUACUACAACUUAAGAAAACUCAAGGAAUUCACAAUGAACAACUAUUUUUCUGUUGGACCUGAUGCUCUUAUGGCCCUCAAUUUUCAUGCUCAUCGUGAGAAGGCACCAUCUCUGUUUUCUAGCAGAAUUCUUAAUAAGGCUGUUUACUUAUUUUAUGGAACCAAAGAUUGUUUAGUGCAAGAAUGUAAAGAUUUGAAUAAAAAAGUUGAGCUAGAGCUGGAUGGUGAGCGAGUAGAACUGCCGAAUUUGGAAGGUAUUAUCGUUCUGAACAUUGGCUACUGGGGCGGUGGCUGCAGACUGUGGGAAGGGAUGGGAGAUGAGACUUACCCUCUAGCCAGGCAUGAUGAUGGUUUACUGGAAGUUGUUGGAGUAUAUGGGUCUUUCCACUGUGCUCAGAUUCAAGUGAAACUGGCAAAUCCUUUUCGAAUAGGACAAGCACAUACAGUGCGGCUGAUCUUGAAGUGCUCGAUGAUGCCAAUGCAGGUAGAUGGGGAGCCAUGGGCCCAGGGGCCCUGCACUGUCACCAUAACCCACAAGACACACGCGCUGAUGUUAUAUUUCUCUGGAGAACAAACAGAUGACGACAUCUCUAGUACUUCAGAUCCAGAGGACACAAAGGAAACGGAGUAGGUGGAGGAGGAAAAGAGAACUUAGUGUAGAAUCCUCACAAACGAGUAGAUACACAUUCAUCCAAAAUAGAACUCUGUCAGCUGGUUUAGUCUUCAUUUCAUCAGUAGUGUAAUGGGUAUACAUUUAUGUAAAUAGCAUUCCAAAAACAGCCAGAGCUCCGGUUGUUUCCAAAUGCCUGGUUUUUUUUCAGCAAACACUUUGAUCAUGUAGCACUAACUGAAAGUCACAGGACGUUCCAUGAAGGCUCUGUGUUUGAGAGUUGGCUCGCUGAAGUGUGCGUUCUCGUUCCUUAUUCUUGAACCACACAGUUGAUGGACACAUACAUGCAACAAGAUGUGGGUGGAAAAAUCAUUUCCAUCUUAAUUUUUACUGUGGUGACACCGUAACGUUUUAAAAAUUACUUGCGUUUUUGAAAGGAGAUAGUUGGUGCCAAACUGCCAUGGUUCAUGCUGGAGAUCCUCCCUGCAGCAUGCCUCUUAAGAUUUCCUACAGCCCAGCACCAAGUGGAUCCAUAAAGAUCUGUUUCCAGGAAACCCCAAAAGGAGAAAUGUAAAAGGAAGACAACACUCAGAUUUUUUAUUUUAAAUUUUAUUUUAGGAACGUUUUCAGACCCCCUAAUGUUGUUUAGUUAACUCUGUUAAUGACCAAGUUGAGCUUAAAUUCAGCAUCUUUUUUAAUCCCAGUGUAGCCAAAAGAGAACCACCUAGGUGAAUUGCAAAAUUAACACUCAGAGCACUUUGGAUUGGAAGUUACAGGUUGUGGAACUUCCCUCGUGGUCCAGUGGUUAAGACUCCGCGCUUCCGUUGCAGGGGGAGUGGCCAAAAAAAGAAAAGAAAAGAGAAGUUACAGGUUUAAAGCUGGAUGGUUCACCAACUUCUCUUUUGAUUAAAAGCAGUGUCAACAAUUCAAAAAAAUGUACUAAAGAAAAUUUACCAGAUUAAUUGCCAAAAAAAGUUCAGUGUUAAUUGAUAAGUUUUAAAAAUUUAGUGGUCUGGUAGUAUUUUGAAAUAUAGUAGUCUUUUAUAUCCAAAGUACUUAACAGAAUUUCCCCUUGGGGAAGUGGAUAUAGAAUCCUGUGCUAAAAUGUUUAUAUCAUAUUUAUUUUAAAAUGAGAGAUAUAUUUUUUUUACUUAUUUAUUUUCUUCAUUGUCGUAUACCUGUGUUUAGUGUUUACAAUAUAUUUACAAUAUUGUCGUAUACCUGUGUUUAGUGUUUACAAUAUAUUGCUUUGUUUAAUAAAUUAAAUUGAUCACAUAAAUUCUGCUACUCACAAUCAGAUAGAAGUGUAGCCUAAGUAAUAGUUGAAACCCAUAACUUAAUUCUCCUGACAGAUGUAUUAUGUAGACAUCCUCAUUCUUCAGGAAUAUGCCGAGGGUGCUCCUCUGCUGCUCCCCAACCUACUCCCUCAGGUCCUGCCGUGGGGCCGCCCCAGGGGGCCUCCAGCCUGGUGUUUUUAGGACAAAUGGCCCAUUUGUGGGUUUGGUGGUCUUUUAUGACAUUAAUCUCUGAAGGAUUGGAAUGUAUCCCCCCAAACACCAUUAGCUCCCCUUAAGGGUCUAUUAGGAAUCUGUCAUCUAUUAUGGAUUGCCAGAAACUUAAAUUUCAGUCGCCUUCAGGCCCAGGCCAUGUUUUGAAGGAACAACUAAGUAGUGUAUACAGUAGUCAAUACAUUACAUUAGAAUGCUUUUAUUUUGCUUAAAUUAACCUCUUCCAGAUCUCGGUGGGAGCAGCUAAAUUCUAGUAUUCUUAAGAUUUUGUGAGCAGAGCUGUUUUCACCUUAUUCUUAUACCAUUCAUGGUAGGUUACCUAUUGCGGUGGUGGGAGAGUUUGUAGAUUUUCUUUCAAGGGGCUGAUCAUGUUUUGAGUAUAAUGAGCUUCAUUGUUUAAUUCACGGUCAAAAUUGUUACAGAUAUCACAUUUUACAAAUACACUGUUAAAUUCACUUUGCUUUAGGCUAUAUUUUAUCUAUAAUUCAUAGUGCUAAUUAUAGGAUCAAAGAAAAUAGUUAAUAUGGGAUAUCAGAAUUAAAAUAAUCAAAAUAACUAUCGUUUUUUUAAUUUUUAAAACUGUAUAAUGUUACAUUUGAUUUAGAACAGAUUUAUAUACAACACCCUCAUUUAUUUAAAAACAAAUUGUUUUUUCAGUUUUCAUAAUCCAGUGAAGUUUUUUCCCUGCUUGACCCUUCACAAAGUUUAUCUGUUAUUGUAUUCACUCAUUCAGACUUAAUUUUUACUUAGGAAAGUUAUUUCAGAAUACCAUAUCAUAAAACAUACUAUCUUAUUUUUUAAAAAUUCACUAACAUUUUAGGCACAUUUACUCAGCAUUUCAAAUAAAUGUGUAGGCGUGUGCCUUGUUUUAAAUAAGUACAAUUUAUAAGACUCAUGUUUGCAAGUUAUAUUUUAGGGUAGCAAUUGUUGACAUUACCAGGGAUUCCACACUUUACAAAACAUAAUUUGCCACAGGAUUUUUCUGUUCCAUUUUAAACUGUCUUGAUUAAAAAAAAAAAAAAAAAAGUAACUUCUAAAUUCUCAGGAAGACAUGUAGUAAAGCAUGUCUUCAUGUCUGUUUUCAGAUUUCUCUCAUCUUUUACUGUUCUAAUACAUUCCUAACUCCUCGCAAACUUAGUAGUUUAAAUACUGAAUACCUGGCAGCUCUUAGGGAUCCUGUGAGUAGAUGGAGAUAAUUUUCAGUGCUUUGUUAUGUUUAAUAGAAAUCAAACUGACUUGUGUUUUAAAAUACAAGUUGUCUAAUGGUAAGAUUACAUGAUCUUAAAUGUGUUUUAGGUUUUCUGCAACAAUUAGCUGUGAACCCUUAAUGUAGCUAAUGUUUAUAAAAUUUUAUAGUCAAAAUUAUUUAUUUUUAUUUUUUUAGGGUG